AUGGGCGCGCUAUUGUCUCUUCCGCUUCUGGCGAUCCCCAGCGCGGGUACGCUGAUGUCUUUUGCGGCGAGCUGUUGCGGCGCUGCGACCUGCUCCAUGGUUUGCAGUGCCUGUGGAAAGUGUGGCAACAGUGUCGCUACUCGUAUCGCAUAUGCCCUCAUUCUGCUCGUCAAUUCUAUCUUGUCCUGGAUUAUGCUCACGCCAUGGGCGAUCGAGAAGCUCCAACACCUGACGCUCGACUAUGUCAAGAUCAACUGCCCAACGGGCGAGUGCUACGGCUGGCUGGCCGUCCACCGUAUCAACUUCGCUCUUGGCUUAUUCCACUUGGUCUUCGCCGGCCUACUUUUUGGUGUAAACAACUCCAAGAACCCUCGUGCUGCUCUACAAAAUGGCUUUUGGGGUCCCAAGGUUAUCGCCUGGCUGGCCUUCAUCGUUCUCUCGUUCCUUAUUCCCGAUGCCUUCUUCAAGGUUUGGGGCAACUAUAUCUCAUUCUUUGCUGCCAUGGCCUUCCUGAUCCUCGGUCUUAUUCUUCUGGUCGACCUUGCUCACACCUGGGCCGAAUACUGCUUGGCGCAAAUUGAAGACACCGACUCUCGCGUUUGGCGGGUCGUCCUCAUCGGCUCGACUUUAAGCAUGUACUUGGGUUCGCUCGCCAUGACCAUUGUCCAGUACUACUUCUUUGCCAAGGGCGACUGUGCGAUGAACCAAGCUGCCAUUACCAUCAAUUUGAUUCUCUGGCUCCUCAUCUCCUUCAUUUCUGUGCACCCCGCGGUUCAAGAGUACAACCCCAAGGCUGGUCUUGCUCAAGCUGCCAUGGUAGCAGUAUAUUGCACAUACUUGACCAUGUCGGCUGUGUCCAUGGAGCCCGACGACAAGCAGUGCAACCCUUUAAUUCGUGCUCAGGGAACUCGCACAACCUCAGUUGUCAUGGGCGCCAUCGUGACCAUGCUCACAGUCGCCUACACCACUACCCGAGCAGCAACGCAAAGUCUUGGACUCGGCAACAGCCGUGGAGGCAUCCGAUUGCCCGACGAGGAUGAGCACGAUCUUGUCACUCAGCAACCCGGCCGCAGGGAGAUGCGAGCUGAAGUAUUGCGCAGAGCUGUUGAGGAGGGCAGUCUGCCCGCUGAUGCACUUCUUUCCGACGACGAUGACGAUGACGAUUCGUCCAACUCAAAGACUGGUGAUGAUGAGCGCAACAGCACUCAGUACAGCUAUACCGUCUUCCAUAUUAUUUUCUUCCUAGCUACAUGCUGGGUUGCCACUCUUUUAACUCAAGGCCAGGAUAUUAAGAAUGACGGCGAGUUUGCAUCAGUUGGUCGGACUUACUGGGCCAGCUGGGUCAAGAUAGUUAGUGCUUGGGUUUGCUACGGCAUGUAUAUUUGGACUCUGGUGGCUCCCAUCGUUCUUCCUGAUCGAUUCGACUUUUCGUAA